GUUAUAUUGGACGUGGCACGUCCUUCAAUGACCUUGUCUGUAUAUGCAUACAUUACGAAAUAAGUGGGAAGUUGUUGUUGGCCGGUGAUGGCUUAUGCAAUGAAGUCUCUUCAGAAUUUCGAUGCUUUUGCAAAACCACUCAAAGAUUUUCGUAUCAAAACACUGUCAGGGGCUUUGGUUUCAAUAAUAAGUAGUCUAAUCAUCGGAAUUUUGUUCACAUCAGAACUUCUUUCGUUUACGCACACACAGAAUAAACAGGAGAUUAUUGUGGAUGUCAAUCGUGGAGAAAAGAUGUCUAUCUACAUGGAUAUAACGCUAAACUUUAUCCCGUGCAGAUUUUUAAGCCUAGAUACAAUGGACACAACAGGUGCGCAGCAGCUGAAUGUUAUGCACGAGGUUUAUAAGACUAGUGUUUCAGUUGAUGGCACUCCUGUAUCGGAUAGUGUUCGCCAUGCUGUUAAUGAUGCUUCGGCUCUCACAACGACGAGAGACCCCAAUUAUUGUGGCUCCUGUUAUGGAGCAGAGUCUCCUUCAAGGAAAUGCUGUAAUACAUGUGAGGAAGUUCAAAUGGCGUAUAACGAAAUGCGAUGGAUAUUCGUAAACAUAUCUGCAUUUGAACAGUGCCGAAAGGAAAACUGGAACGAGAUUAAACAAAAGAUAGGCAAUGAAGGAUGCAGAAUUCAUGGGAAUUUAACAGUCAAUCGAGUUGGUGGGGCAUUUCAUAUUGCUCCUGGUCAUAGUUACACUGAAAACCAUGCACACUUUCAUAGCUUUCAAAGUCUCGGUCCCGUUCAGUUCAAUGUGUCUCAUUCAAUCGGGGAGCUUCGUUUCGGUGAAUCAUAUCCUGGUCAAGUUAAUCCACUAGAUGGAACAAAACUGGCUGUACAAACACACUCCCAGAUGGUUAUUUACUACUUAAAACUGGUACCGACUAUGUAUAUCAGCCUUCGUCGAAAUGAAAGCACCGUGAUAACUAAUCAAUACUCUGCUACAUGGCAUUCCAAAGGUACGCCUCUAACUGGUGAUGGUCAAGGAUUACCUGGUGUAUUUUUCAAUUAUGAAAUAGCCCCUUUACUUGUUAAAAUUACCGAAGAGAAAAAGUCAUUUAUACAUUUCUUGACAAAUACAUGUGCAAUCAUUGGAGGAGUAUUUACAGUGGCAAGUUUUCUGGAUGCAUUCAUUUAUCAGUCUACAUGUAUACUACGUAACCGUCAUCAUAGAAACUAACAUUAUUAAAUGUACAACUUUUUGUAAUUUAUUUGUUCUCUACUUCCUUCUUUCUUAUAUUUAUUCGUUUUUCGUUCUAUUUUCUAACAUAUAUUCUAAUUUGCGUUUGAUAAACUGGUUUGGUGUAAACACUUGGCAAUCCCUCAUGUCUUUCGAUUCCCACUAUUUGUUGCUUGUUUUUUCUUUAUUUGUAUACAUCAGUAUCAAUAUUAAUGGAUGUGAAAUUUUUUUUGGAAAAUCCAUUUACUAUGAACCCGACAUUCUUUUUUGUGUUAAAUGGUUUCGUUGUCAAAUGUACAAAUAGAGUUAUAGCAACCAAUAUAUAAUAAAUGUUCAUGUAUUACUGCAUCCCUCAGGUGACAUCAUCAUUCUGUAGCUUAAUAGUAGAUACCGUAAAUAUGAUAACUGAUAUAAAUAAAUGAUUAAAUUGUUAUUACCUAUUAUAAGUACACGGUAAGCAACUGUCUCUCUUUACGCUCUGACCUCAAUCAAAGUCACAUUAUUACUGGGGAGUCUUCCGCUUGCUUAUAUAAUUAUGUUAGCUAAUAAAGCGUAACCAAUAAGGUCAUCCGUAUGUUGUCUUACUUAUAUCUAGUCUAUUUUAGAAAAGGGAAAUCAUACCAUUUACUGAUCUAAAGCUAAAAGCUAGCAUAAAUUGGAGGACAAUAAAGGUGGAUGAUUUAAGGCCGCUUUCCUAGUAUCACCGAGUAACGAUUUACAGCUAAUAGAAAGGGUAGGGACUCAUUUUUUACUUGCCACCUACGUACUCUGAAUAAUUCCUAACACCAUGAUUGAAAUGCGUGCUGGCCAAGAAUUUAUCUGAAUAUAGCAG